UAUAGUUACGUAUAGAUAAGUACGUAAGUACUGCGAGAGAAAGAGGAACAUCUUCAAUCGUGACUUGAAUUUCAUUAACUUGUAGUAUCGUACCGGCUGAGUUUCCUCGAAUGUGUGAUUGACCGACUAGUUUUAGUUGGUAGAUCAAACACUGAAGGUGAUGCGCGAGAGCUGAUAAGUGAGAGAAAGAGAGACGAUUCGAGUGUGCUCGAAUAUUUUGUCACACAGAGAAACUUCUACAGGGAUAGAUAAAGUCGAGCUGGUUAACUCGAAGACGUGUAAGGCAAGAUAUUCUAGCAUUAAAAAAGGAUGGUGCAUCCAGAGCACGAGUUAGAAGAGGAGGAGGAACAGGAGGAGGGUGCCAAUAAGUGCGAUUGUAAUAGUUCUGGAAGUAUUCAUAUACUCCAGUCAAUGAGGAUAGAUGAACCUGCUGAAGCGCCAAUUUGUCGCAAACCUGAUGAGGAUCAGGUAAAGGUGCUUGUUGCCCCUGAUAAUGGAUACCAGUGGUUGAUUGAUUUUCAGCUGCCUAAGGAAUGUCAUUUCAGUUGGAAGGUUGAACAUCUUUUAAUGAUGUUAAGAUCACGAUUGCACGAAGAAGAAAUUGUUUGUACCUACUUAGUAAAAGAUGAUCCCAUUUACAAUGUAAGAUAUGUCAUUAACACACGAAAAACAACGAAUCCGAAAAUAAUAGACGAUGCUGUGAUUAGUGAAACUAGCAGUCCUAUGAAAAAAUUACGAAAACGCAGAAGAAGCUCGUCUGAUUCAUCUUGUUCUGUUUCGACAAAAAGCAGCGAUGAUAUAAUAGAAGUGCAGAGUUCUGACCAAUGUCUCACACUGGAUUUGCGAAGAAAUGCACAAGUUAUUUUAGUGUAUCCUAAACCGCCUAUGAAGUAUGGGAUUACUGUUACAACAGAAGACUUUAAAUGCCUGAAUCAGGGCCAGUUCCUGAACGACAUAAUUAUAGAUUUUUAUUUAAAAUAUUUUGCUUUGGAAAAAUUAUCGGAUCAAGAUAAAGAAAGAACAUACAUUUUCAAUACCUUUUUUUAUACAAAACUCUCGAAUCCCAAAUGUACAUUGACAAAUGCAAAUAUGAGUUUGGCAGAUAUACAACACGCAGAAGUUAAAAGGUGGACCAAAAAUAUAAAUAUUUUCGAAAAAGAGUUCAUAAUAAUACCUAUUAAUCUAGAUAAGCAUUGGUUUUCGGCUGUUAUUUGCUAUCCUGCAUUAUUUGGAAUGGAUCCGAAUGAUAGUAAAUCGGAAUGUUCAGAUGGUUCAAACCAUUAUCCAUGUAUUAUAAUUUUUGAUUCGUUGACUUCUUUUACUAUUGGAAAGACAAGGGUAAUACAGGAUUUGAAAAAUUAUUUGGAAUGCGAAUACAAAGAGAAAAACAAUGGAAAUGAAUUAUUUUUCGAUAAUACGGAAAUAUUUCAUGCAGAUGUGCCUCAACAGACUAACGCAAGUGAUUGUGGCGUAUAUCUGUUGCAAUUCAUAGAACAUUUUUUUGAGGAUUUUGUUGCUACAAAUUCAUUGUGCUCGCUCAAAAAACCUCUUACCCACUGGUUUAGUACUGAUAUAAUAAAAAAAAAAAGAAAUGACAUAAGAAAACUAAUAAUUAGAUUAGCUGCUAUUAACACCAAAGGAACAAAAAAGUCUCGUACUCGUUAGGAUAUAGUGUUGUUUGUAAUUUUGUAAAAAUAACUAACAAAGAAAAUGUUGAAAAAUAUUUAAAGUUCACGUUAUAUUUGUCUAAUUUUAUGUCGGAUCAAAGCAAUAAGUAAGUCAAAGAGACGUAUUACCACGCGUGAUAAUGUAUGUUUUUAUUUAUAUCUAAAAAAUAUUUUCAUUACUUACCAAGAGAAGAAAAAUAAAUAUGUAUGAAAUAUUUGUUAAUUUAUUGUGAUAAAUUAUCAGAGUUGUAAUAUUAA